AUGCAUGUGCUUUUAACCAAUGACGAUGGUCCAAUUAGCGACCAAACUUGUCCUUACAUGAAAUAUUUUGUUGAUGAAAUAACCACAGAAACAGAUUGGGAUAUUUCAAUAGUAAUACCAGAUCAACCUAGAUCAUGGAGUUCAAAAUCUCAUCUUCCAGGAAAACCUGUAGUUGCAACUUACAUAUAUACAAAAUAUUCAACAUAUAAACCUAACCCUGAUAUCAACAAAUUUGAAGGUCCCUUUGAUCAUCCACAACAAAAAUAUAUAUCAGAUCCAAAUUAUCAAGAAUGGUGUUUAGUAAGUAGUACUCCAGCUGCUUGCGCUGAUAUAGGAAUACAUCAUUUAUAUAGACAUUCUAAGAAAAAGCCCGUGGAUUUAGUUAUAAGUGGACCUAAUUUUGGAAAAAAUUCAACUAGUUUAUAUAUUUUAGCAAGUGGAACUGUAGGAGCAGCAAUGGAAGCUGUAACUCAUGGUACUAAAGCCAUUGGAUUAAGUUAUGCUUUUAUUUCAUUAGAUCAUGAUUUUAAAAUAUUAAAAGAAGCUGCUAAAAUUUCAGUAAAACUUAUAAAAAAAUUAUAUAAAAAUUUACAAAAUAAUCAAGAUGUUGAUUUAUAUUCCGUUAAUGUUCCAUUAGUUGAUUCAUUAAAGUUAGGAAAAACCAAGAUAGAAUAUGCUCCAAUAUUACAAAAUAAAUGGGGAUCAAUUUAUGAACCAACUCAAGAACCAAAUGAAAAAGGUCAAUUAGAAUUCAAAUGGGCUCCGGAUUUUAAAAGAGUUUGGAAAGAUGGUUUGAAAGAUCAAGAGCAUACUGAUUCUAGAGUUCUUUUGAGUGAAGGAAUUAGUGUCACUCCUUUAAAAGCAUGUUUUAGGACCUUGGAUGAUAUAGUUGGAGAAAUUAAAUUAGAUGAUGAUAGUGAGGGGAUCGAAAGUGAUAAAGCGAGCAAUUUUAAGGAGUCAGGAAACACAUUUCUCAUAACUAUCCCAGAAGAUUCAUAUUUAUACGAACCAUUAGUUGAACCAUUCGAAAAAUUGAAUUACAGCAUUACAUCAAAUACGAAGAGUAUACCUUCAAAUCAAAAAAUUUUUCAUUAUGGAGAAUACGAAGAUUUAGAUCUUGAAAAGAUUUCUCAAAAUGAUUCAAAUUAUUACAUUCCAUCAUACAUAUAUAGAAAAGCAUUAAUAAGAAAGCAUUAUUUAGCAAACACAAUACAUCAUUAUAUCACAAAACACCCUGAUUCAAUAUUAGCAAAAGCAGUCCCUGAAAAUUAUCAGUUAGAAAUUGAUUAUGCUGAAUUUUUAGAUGAUUCAUUAGAUGAGUCAUAUGAAUUAAGAGAAGCUAUUGAAGCUGGUGAUAAAGUAUGGAUCGUGAAACCUAGUAUGAGUGAUAAAGGUCAAGGUAUUAGUAUAUUCCGAACGGUUGAUCAAUUACAAGCAAUUUUUGAUGCAUUCGACAAUGAUGAUGAUGAUGAGGAGGGAGAAAAUGAAUCAAAAAAGGAUAGUCAAAAAGGUAAUGGAUUAAUACUAUCGCAUUUAAGACACUUUAUCGUACAAGAAUAUAUUUCAAGUCCAUUAUUGUUACCAAAUUAUGACAACAAAAAAUUUCAUCUACGUACUUAUGUGAUAUGCCAGGGAGAUUUGAAAGUAUUUGUUUACAAGAAUAUCUUAACAUUAUUUGCCGAUGAAAAAUAUCAAGCACCACAUUCAAUUAAUGAUUCACCUAUUGAAUUAAAUGGACAUUUAACAAACACUUGUUUACAAGAAGAUUCAAAUCCUUUAGUUGUACCAUUCUGGAAUUUAGAAAAUAUGACGGAUGAACAAAAAUCACAAAUCUUUAAACAAAUAUGUGAAAUUACAAAAGAAUUAUUUAAAGCUGCUACAUCAAUAGAUAAACUUAAUUUUCAACCAUUAACUAAUGCAAUUGAAAUAUUUGGAAUUGAUUUUUUAGUUGAUUCUAACGAAAAAGUUUAUGUAUUAGAAGUUAACUCAUAUCCAGAUUUCAAACAAACUGGUGAUGAUUUGAAGGAAUUAAUUUAUAAAUUGUUUGAUGUAACCAUUAAUGAAAUUAUACAUCCGAUGAUUACUGGACACAAGAUUGAAGAGUACGGUAAGGAUAUUGUUCAAGUAUUAUAA